GGGAAAAAAUAGUCAUAUCCCAUCAUCACCAGUAAUACAAAAUGGCGUCCUUGGAUGUCAACAAAUAACAACGCGUCGUGAUGCAGUUGGUUUGAAGCAAGGAUUGUGUGUAUUCGUGGAACGAAAAGCUGAGAAGUGGGCAAUAUGUCUGAUAUAGAAGACAUCUCCUUGGAAGCAGUGGCACCGGUUGUUCCAGUCGUGGAGAUCGGACAUGGCAGUGGCUACCGCUCACCCCGUGAUCACUCAGACCAGGAUUAUGACUCAGAGUUUGAGUCUGAUGAAGAUGAUGAUACCCAUUCACCACAAUCUACGUCCAGACAGAGGCGGAGGAUGAGGAAUGUUAAAACUGUUAAUGGCCGUGUUGCAGUUGACAUGACUCCGCCUGAUGACAAACUGAGAGAUGCUCAGAACAGGGCCAAGAAAUACUCUCGCUUGAAGAAGGCAGACAAAGCUAUCAAGGAGUACGUCACCUGCACAGCCCUAGCUCGUAUUGUAUACGGCAACAACCACUGGAAGUUUGCAGCCAGUCACGUUGACCUAGCAGAAGCAUAUCUGGACUUGAAAGGCUAUGCUGUACAGGCUGAGUUCCACUCCGACAGUGCCAAGGACAUCAUGCUGCACGGCGUCCACACCUCCAGCUCCCACAAAGAGAAGGCCAACAUCUACCACGUCCUCAUCCGCGUCUACUACAUCUUGGGCAAGGCUCUCACCAUCCUCAAAAAAUACAACGAGGCAGAGCAGGCGCUGACGAAGGCAGACCGGAUCUCCCAGGAGAGAAGUAAGCUGGACUGUGUGACUGAUGACGAGUGUGAUGAGAUCGACAUCAGGCUGUACCUCGCAAUGGCCAGGUUGGCCAGUAAGCAGAAGAAGUAUGCAGUAGCCAGUGCCCACUAUGACAAGGUGUUGGAGCUGAUGGAGAUUCGGUACGGCAGGGACAGUCUCCUCCUCAUCCCUGUCUACCACGACUACGGCAGACUUGAACAGAAUAAAAUUCGGUCGUCAUGGCAACCAUGAAAGAAAGAUUAUAGAACUCUUCCUACAAGGCACAUUCCAUAGCUGGUGCCAAUCACAAGACCGGGAGUGUGGAACUGGUAGACACAGCUCUAGCUCUGGCUCAGGCCUACGCCAGCACUGGACGUGAGGAGGCGGAAGCGUCAGCCGAGAGUUACCUGAAUGAGUGUCAAGCCAACUGUACAGCUGUCCACGGACCGCAUCACACCAAGACCCUGGAGGUGAACGACGAGAUCGCCAGGCUGCUCAUCAGGACAGACAGACAAGAUG